UGCAGCUGCAUUCGUCAUCGUCAUCACCUUCAGUAUUUUUGACAACCCUUUGUCUGCCUUAACAGUACAGUUUAUUAGAUUUCAGUUCCUCCCUUUUUGACAUUCUGCCUCGCUGGCUGUAGCAACCCGCACACCUCAGGCUAUACCUACUACUGUAUGGAUAUGACCAUUCCAGUGGAUUUUACUGCUCUUGCUGGCGGAUAUAUCGCCGAGCAAGUCCUCUCCAAGGUUAUCCUGCGAGAGCGAGAGAAUGGACACCGAUACCAUGCAUACCAGAAACUGUACAGCUACGCCUUGGUGUGCCGUGCCUGGUUUAAAAUCACUGCUCCGCUCAUGUACGAACGUGCAUUCAUCUACUGCACUACGCGCAAGAUUGAUGAACCAGAAAAGACCCCAAACCGGCACUACGAAUGGCACUCGAAUCUAGGCCAAAUUAUACGUGCCGGCAUGCAGGACCAAGUCAAAGAGUUUCGCAUUGAAUGCGAGCAAUUUUCACGCAUAUUCACCAACUGUCCAGACUUGUUCGGCAAGCUGGGGAUGCCGGACACGCCGUUCGUGAACGUCACCAAGCUGUGGUUCGGCGGCACAUGCCAUUACGGCGCCGGCAUGGAGGAUCUGUUCAUCAUCCCGACCACACGCUACUUUGUCAAGAUGUUCCCGAACGUCACAAUUGUGGCCAACAACCGGUUCUUUGACCGUGGCAAGAUGUUCGACCACGUCAUGGAUCGUAUCCAGCACCAGUUCCACAACAAGAUCACCAACUACCGGAUUGAGAUGGACUCUCCGCGCCGCAUACCGCUCUACUUCCCGCCCAAUGUCACCAAGCUGACGCUUCAGGCUGAGAUUUUGGUCGGCUACCACAACCGCAUGGACUUUCCACAGAUUCCCGCAGCCGGGCUCCGGUACCUGAACAUGAGGAAUGUGCGGACAAAUUUCAACUGGGACAUCUUCAAGUCCGACGUACCUGGCGAGAUCCGGUUUACAAACCUGGAGGAAAUCCAUAUUAGCACCGAUUACCACCCGAACCCUAUUUCGAUUUUCUCCGGGCACGACCUGCUGACGUUCCCAAAGCUGCGGAUCGUCCGGACACUAAACAUUCUGCAAGUGUACUCGGACAUGUUCAAGCUGUUCCUCCACUCGCCGAUCGAAUCGCUGCAGCUCUCCGAGAAGGUUGCCCAGCUGAACUGGAUCAACCCCGAGAUUUACUACAUGGCCAAGCAUAUCAGUAUCCACCCAAUGUACGACUAUACUGAGAACGUCGACGAUGCCACGUCGAUGCUGAUGCCUGUGCUCGACACCCCCUCACUUGUCACCCAUGCUAGCCUCCGCAUGACGCUGCGCGAAAUCAGACUCCCACAGUCAACGGCAUGGGUUCAUCUGCGCCGGCUGGUGGUCACCGUUGACAAGUUUAUCGUGUCGGAGGCAGAAAACCUGAUCUCGUACCUCCCAGUGCUCGAGUACCUGCGCGUCAAGUACGAUCCGCCACAGUAUCAGGUCCCGCAUCGGCAGGCAAGGAUCGAUGAGCAUGAGUGCCCGCCCUACGACCCUGACCGGGUCAUCCACCCAGCCCUUCAGAUGUUCGAGAUCCAGACUGUCCACGACUGGCUGAACGAGGGCGACAGGGACCGCCUCAGGUACUUUGUCAGGCACAUCCCCACACUGAUCAAGAUCAAUGUUCCGCCAGAGUUUGGUAGGAUUCUCAUCCAGGAGUUUGCUGAAGAGGGACGCGAGAUUAUGCUAUACCAGCACGAAAAAAAUUGACGAGCGCUUCAGGCAGUAUAUUGAUCCUAUUAACAUGUAGGCCAUGGUUCUGUAUUUCGUUUACCCAGAUACCUCUAGUAUUAAAACAGCAGCUACCAGCACCUGAUGCAAUCAACCAUGUCAACCUUCACAUGCUGGGACAUGCAUGAAGGCGUAACCAGGCACAUAGGAAAGGGGAGGCGGCAGUUUUGGGCUUUGUGCAAAUUGAUUGCCGCCGCUAUAGCGAUGUAGGCGAGCUGAGACGGAGAACGGCUUUUCGACCGACAAAAUAAAAGACCUGCGAGGACGAUCGUUCGUUUUUUUCUUUUGAAGAAUCAGC